AUGACAGAAGAUGAAUCUGUAAAAACUCAUAUACAAAAACGUAGUCCACCAUUAGUGACAUGGGAACAUUCAUGGCCAACCAAUGAGAUGCAAAAUGCAUUAACAGCAUCUGACUUUAAACUAGUGCCUACUGAAGUGAUGCUACAGAUAUUCAAAUUUUUGUCAGUACAUGAUUUAAGUAAUAUUUCAUUAGUUUGUCAUUUAUUUAAAAUGAUUUGUGAUCAAGACGAUAUUUGGAAAUUAAAAUGUAAAUCAUCGACAAAAUUGCACUCGAAAUCUUUUAAACAGAUUUACAUGGACUGGAUGUAUGAAAAAUAUCUAAGAAAUGCAGAACUUGACGAGGUUGAAGCUAUGUAUCGUGAGCGAAGUUCACGUGUUGCUUGUGGCAUGAGAUGUGGACCCCCACAAUAUCCGCUACGACCAGCGGGCGAACAUCACUUUGUACCCAUUGGAGAUUUCAGACAACAUCCAAAUGAAUCUGAAAAAAUAUCUAUUGAAUUAUCGGUUGAUGUUGAUCGAACAGCUCGUGAACUCAUAUCAUUAUUGGAAAAAGCAUCUCAAUUUCAAGCUGAAUGGCGGCAAUCAUGUAUCAUAAAACAGAUGAUAACAAGAUAUUACCGUUUUAUGCAACUUAAAGCUACUUGUCCAAAUAAUAUUCUACUUAUUCCAACCUUGGACAUUGAAACUAUUUGGCAAACACAUCUGUUACGACCACAAAUGUAUCGAGAAGAUUGUCUAAGGUUAUUUCAUCAAGUUAUUGAUCAUUCAUUAUUGGCAACGGAAAUUGAACAAUUUUUGAAAGAACAAGCAUUUAUCGAUACUUGUAAGCUAUAUGAGGAACGAUUUGGAGAACAAUAUUGUCCGCUACCAAAAGCUAAAGACGAUGUAAACAUUGCUCCUAAAUUUGUUCAUCCAGUUUUUGGUUCAUUAAAAUGUAUUAUUCCAAUCUACUUAUAUUGGGAUGAAACAUAUUUUACAUUUUCAUCAGAAAUAUCUGUUAAUUGCAAUGAAAAUCCAUUUUCAUUUACCGAAGCUGAUGUUAUUCUUGAUGGAAAUUGGCUGGAUUUAUGUAAAAAGUUCAUGAAAGACAUGAUGUCACAAAUUCCGAUUCGCGAAUAUUAUCGAGAUUCCAAUGAAAUUGAUCUUAGCACAUCAGCUAUGAAAAGAUUAAUGAAAUCGUAUGAACGAUUUUUAUACAUGGCAACUAAAUAUCCACCCUCGAAUGGAUAUAGUUUUGUGCAUCCAACAUAUGCAAUUGAUAUUAUUUGGCAUUCACAUAUGCAAGAGCCAUUAAAAUAUGCAUCAGAUUGUAUUCGUCUUGUUGGUUAUGUAAUUGACCAUACACCAUGGCCGUCGGUUGAUGAAAAUAAAAUGAAAAAUUCUUGUAAUGAUACGAUAAAUGCUUGGAAAAAAGAAUUUGACAGUGAUAUGUCAACGGAUCAUUUAUACAAUACUAAAGGAGACAGUUAUGAUCAGUGGAGCGAUUAG